AUGGUUGGGGGGGGCCGCAAGUUGAUUACUAAUGACUGUGAUCUUGAACCAGUUGCUUAUGAAUUUUUCACGCAAGCUUCUGUACAGUACGAGGAAGAAGUUGCGGAUUCUAAAGCCCAGGUGACUGCUAUACACCUAAUAAUCGGGACUCUGCAGAGGAUGAAUGUCUUUUGCGUCGAAAAUAGAGAUACCUUGACUCAUAAAGCUACAGGGUAUUCAGCAAAACUUUUAAAGAAGCCUGAUCAGUGCAGAGCAGUUUAUGCCUGUUCACAUCUCUUCUGGGUUGAUGAUCAGGAUGGCAUCAAAGAUGGAGAAAGGUUAGCUAUGUGA